AUGAAAACAUUGUAUAUCCUUGUUUUUUUAAAUGCUUUAAAUAUUACAAUAAAAUGCAACGAAGUAAAAGAUGGCAAAAUUGUUUUAAAUCCAAAAUAUCCGAAGAAAUCAAACGUCAUGAAAAGCAAGAUAAAGAUAAUAAAUGCUAGAAAGUUCGAGAACCUUCCUGCUUUAGAAAGUCGUAAAUCAAACACCAAGAAGAAACAUGUAACUAGAGAUUCUUAUACAGUUUUUCCGCCUAUCUCUGAAAAAAAGUUAUUUGAAGUUCCUGACAGUGGAUAUUUUAUAGAUGAUGUGAUUGACCGAAAACCAAGAGUUAAAAAAGUUUUACCAGAAUAUGGUUUUAUUGUUGUAAGAGACAAAAGAUCCGUUAAGGAUGAUAUAAUAGUUAACGAUAACAUUACUAGGAGGACAGGUGUAAGGAAAAAAGUACUUAGAAAAAGAAGAACUAAGGAUUCCAAAAAGAAAUUACGCGCACGAAUAUCAAAGUCUGUGGCUGGAGGAGUAAAUGAGAAUGAUAAUAAAACUAAAAACGUUAAACAUGCAAAGAAAAGGUCGACUUACCGUCUUAAAUAUACUGAAAACGUUAAUAAAAACGCUGAAUUGAAUGCAAAGGAAGUUCAAAAGUUAAACAAAAAUAAAAAGGCAAAACGCGUAGGAAGAAAACGACGUCAAGAAAGAAAAGAUAUAAGCAGACGUUUAAUAGCCGGGAAAGAUGCCGUGAUACAAGACUAUCCGUACGCGGUGUCAAUUCAAAAGAACAACGAGCACUGGUGCGCAGGCGCGUUGCUAAAUCCGCGUCUCGUUAUCACAACUGCGAAUUGUAUUUGGAAAGCCCGCAGUGUAAGUCGUAUGCGCAUCAGAGCUGGUAGCAGGAAUAUGGACAGAGGCGGCCAGGUUGCCAGGAUACAGGAGGUAGUGAAACAUCCCGAUUGGAGCAUUCGAAGCCAUCCCGAUAAUGACGUUGGGCUGUUACUUUUGGAUAGAAAUCUUAAAUUUUCCGACUCGGUCCACGGUGUAGACCUUCCAAAUCGUGCGAUGUGGCCCGCUUUUGAAGAUGUUUGGGUAACCAGUUGGGGAUCGGACAGACGAGAUGGCAUAUUUCAAACUGAUGGAGUUACAUUACAAGCGUAUCACGCGAAAUUAGUUGACCGCGACAGGUGCAACAACAUCACCCAGCGCUUUGGCGUUGUUGUUACGCGCAAUUUCAUAUGUGUUGCACAGACUGGUCGUAGAGCGCCUUGCACGCGGGAUACGGGGGCGCCAGCUGUAAGUGAUGGAAUCUUAUGGGGAUUAGCAUCAUGGGGUAUACGGAAAUUAUGUGGUACUGAACGUUUUCCAGCAAUGUUUUCAUACACAGCAUCUCGCUCUAACCUGGACUUUAUAACGAAUGCUACUCACUACUUGAUGUCAGACAAGCGUAACUACCCCUACCCAGAUAGAUUUGUCGUCAACGAAGUUGAAACCACCUCGAUUUCUGCAACUACACCGUUCUUUUGAUUUAAAUCAACUGUAUAUUCUUUAUAUUUAGUUGAUAAUGUUAUCAGAUUUUAGCUAUUUUUUGGUUUUAUGUAUAAAGAUAUAAGGUUCAAAAUAAUAAAAUAUCUACAUAAAAAAUUGUUAGUUAG